AUGGAUUCGUUUGCAGCUGGUGCAAUCGCGGGUAUUACUGAAGUUAUCACGAUGUAUCCACUCGAUGUCAUUAAAACAAGGUCUCAGUUGAUGGUUGGCAAAAGCAUGGGAACAUUUGCUUCAUUGAGAAAUAUUGUUAAACAAGAAGGAGUAGGUCGACUUUAUCGCGGUAUUCUUCCGCCAAUUUUGAUGGAGGCACCGAAGAGAGCGACGAAAUUCGGGGCAAAUGAUUUAUGGGGUCAGUUCUAUCGAAAGUUGUUUCAAAUGGAAAAGAAUAAUCAAAGUUUGAGUAUAUUGAAUGGUGCUAGUGCUGGGGCGACGGAGGCAAUCAUUGUCGUACCGUUUGAACUAGUUAAAGUUCGACUACAAGAUAAGAAAAGUGCUCAUCUCUAUCUAGGAACUGUGGAUUGUUUGAAAAAGAUUAUCAAGCAGGAAGGAAUUUUAGCUUUGUAUAAUGGAUUAGAAGCGACUAUGAUGAGACAUAUCGUUUGGAAUGCGGGCUAUUUCGGUGUUAUCUUUCAAGUUAAAGCUCGGCUACCAGCUCAACCUGAAAUGCUCAAUAGUUUCAUUGCUGGAGCUGUCGGCGGUUGCGUUGGAACGGUGUUGAACACUCCAUUUGAUGUUGUUAAAAGUCGAAUACAAAACUCGCCUCGCACUCUUUUACCAGCGAAAUAUAACUGGUCCAUUCCCUCAUUAUUUAUUGUCGCUCGAGAGGAAGGAUUCUGGGCGUUAUACAAAGGUUUUGUACCGAAGGUACUCCGCCUUGGACCGGGUGGUGGUAUUCUCCUAGUCGUCUAUAAUUCCUUAAUGGAGUUUUUUCGAAAAUACAAAUUAACCAAUCCCACAGGCCAAAUUCCUGCAUCGACUUAG